GUUAUAUUCAAAACAAGAUGGCGGCGCUCAUGGUACAGCCGUGCUCUUUGAAAACAGGUCAUUCACAGCUAAAUUAAAGGCUGCAAACCUUAUUUACAGUAUGGAAAUUUUGCUAUGACAGAGCCACCGACGUGGACAUAAAACGAACAAGCGAAUCAUGCAGGUAUGGAUAAGACGGCUGGUUGUGCAUCCUCGGGGUGUCGCCCGGUCUAGCCGCAACAGGACUGCUCUCCUGAACUUAGUCCCUGCCCAGGUGUUCCGCACCUUGUUCAGUGAGACCGGCGUAUGGGAGAAAGACUAUCGUACGGCGACUCGACGCAGAGUGGAAGAAUGGUGGCACCCACGGAUCAUGGCGCAGUGGCGCACAGACACACUGGAGGAUAGCCAGACCCGGAAAAAGUUCUAUGUUCUCUCCAUGUUCCCGUACCCAUCUGGACGAUUACACAUGGGCCACGUUCGGGUUUACACCAUCAGUGAUGUCAUUGGUCACUUUCAGAGAAUGAGAGGCUAUCAGGUGUUAAAUCCAAUGGGCUGGGAUGCUUUUGGACUUCCGGCAGAGAAUGCAGCCAUUGAGAGAGGCCUAAAUCCAGAAGAUUGGACUAAAAGGAACAUCCAGUCCAUGCGGGAGCAGCUGGAUAGCCUUGGUCUUUGCUUUAACUGGGAUCGGGAGGUGACCACUUGCCUUCCUGACUACUACAAGUGGACACAGUAUCUCUUUAUUAAGCUCUUCAAAGCAGGACUGGCAUAUCAGAAAGAGGCUGUGGUGAACUGGGACCCUGUCGAUCAGACCGUGCUGGCUGAUGAGCAGGUGGAUGAAAACGGCCGCUCCUGGAGGUCUGGCGCUGUGGUGGAGCAGAAAAUGCUCACACAGUGGUUCAUCAAGACCACUAACUAUGGGAAGCCUCUCCUGGAUGCCUUGUCUGACCUUCCAGAAUGGUACGGGGUCAAAGCGAUGCAGGCAAACUGGAUUGGAGAAUGCACCGGUUGCUAUUUUGAUUUCAAACUUAAGGUGAAUGGGGAGGAGACGGGGGAGAUUUUGUCGGCUUACAGCUCCUCUCCAGACGCCGUGUUUGGUGCAGCGUACUUGGCCAUCCUGCCCUCCCACAGACUCCUGCAUGGGAGCAGCUCAGUUCGCUUUGAGCUGGAGAAAACCUUCCAGCCAGGCAUAGACUCCCUGACAGAGGUGACCGCAGUCAACCUGUUCACUGGCCUUGAGGUUCCCCUUGUUAUAUCUCACAAAGAGGCAUUUGAUGGAUAUCUAGACACUGUUGUUGGUACACCGGACUGCAGUGAGGAGCAUCUGUCUGUAGCCAAGUCGUUAAAUUUAAGGUGGACCAGUGUUUUGAAAAGCCAUGAAGAUGGGACACAAACUCUGAUUAACUCUGAUCAGUUCUCAGGACUCACCAGGGAGCAGGCUUUUGACUGCAUUACCCAGAAGGCCAGAGAGCUGAAGGUGGGUGGCCACCUGACAAGCCCAAAACUCAGGGAUUGGCUGAUAUCGAGACAGCGUUACUGGGGCACGCCCAUUCCUGUGGUGCAUUGUGGGUCCUGUGGUCCGGUUGCUGUCCCCAAGGAGGACUUACCAGUGACACUACCAGAGCUGCCCUCUCUCACAGGAAAGGGGGCGUCACCUUUGGCGGCGGCCAAAGACUGGGUCAGUUGCACAUGUCCGAGAUGCAAAGGCCCAGCAAAAAGGGAGACUGACACCAUGGACACGUUUGUGGACUCAGCCUGGUAUUACUUUAGAUACAUCGACCCACAUAACACAAUAAGGCCUUUUGAGCGCCACCUCGCGGAUGACUGGCUGCCUGUGGACGUGUACAUCGGAGGCAAAGAGCACGCCGUCAUGCAUUUGUACUACGCUCGCUUCCUCUGUCACUUCUGCAAGGACCAGGGGCUUGUGACUCACAGAGAGCCUUUUAGGAAGUUACUCGUCCAGGGUCUGAUCAAGGGUCAGACUUUCCGGCGAGCAGACAGUGGCCAGUACUUAAAGAGAGAGGAGAUUGACUUCACAGAAAAGGAGCCAGUGGCGCUGGGAGGAGGUCAGGUGGAGGUGAUAUGGGAGAAGAUGAGCAAGUCUAAACACAACGGCCUGGACCCCCAAGAGGUGGUACAGCAGUACGGUGUGGACACAGUUCGACUCUACAUCCUCUAUGCCGCACCGCCUGAACAGGACAUCCUCUGGAAUCUUAAAAAGGAUGCUCUUCCUGGGGUCUUACGCUGGCAGUCCAGACUGUGGCAGUUAGUGACAAAGCUACGAGAGGCUCGACAACUCUGUGACAUUCCCUCUCCCUCCUUGCUGAUGAAGAAGGAGCUGGCGGAGUCAAAAAAGAUCUGGAGUAACAAAAACUAUGCCAUUCAAGAGGUAGAGACACGAUUGACACAGUUUUCACCAGCAGGGGUCACAUCCCACUUCACUGAAGACUUCCUGUUCAAUGCAGCCAUUUCUCGUCUCAUGGGCCUUACCAAUACAUUGAGUAGUGCAUCAGUCAGGGUGAUGCAGCACAGUGUGGAGUUUGAGGAUGCUCUGGCCACACUGGUUUUGAUGACGGCUCCUAUGGCACCCCACCUGGCCUCUGAACUUUGGGCAGGUCUUUGCAAGGUGAACAAUCCUAUCAGCAGCAUUCUCCAGCCGGGUGGAGACGUCCUGUCACAGUCCUGGCCCGCUGUGGAUCCCGAGUACCUGGAGACCCCUGACUUUGUGGAGAUUUCCGUGCUGAUUAACAACAAAGCCUGCGGGAGGGUGACAGUGCCUCUGCAGGUGUCCAAAGACUCUGAGAAGGUGGAGAAGCUCGUCAUGGAGAGCCCCCUCGGACAGACGAUCCUCAGAGAGGCAAGCAUCAAGAGAGUUAUCCUCUCUCCACGGACUGCCCUUAUCAAUUUCCUUCUUGGGGAGUGACCUUUUUACCUUUCAAACACUGCUUGGAUGACUGUUUGCUAGUGGCUAUGGUAUGUUUAUACUGUAGGUGUAGUAUCAAUAUGUCAACAUCCAUACUUGACAAAUUUGACUGUUUAUGAGUCUCUCAUAUCUCUAAUAUCAUGUAAAACUAAGUUGGAUUUGGGUGCUCAAUGCUCCCUUCAUCAUAUUUUGCCAAUACUGUUAAAACAAGACCAAAUCGGUGUUACUUUGUUAUAUAAACCAAGCACAUGGUAAUAGCUAGGGGUGCCACUUGACACUCGAGAGGAUACACGUGAUUGCAUCUAUGAGAACCAGACCAGGCAAGAUUUUAACUUUACUUGAGAAAAGUACAAUGAAAAAAUAUAUGACAAUAUAUUGCAAUCUACUAAUAUAAUUUCUACUAUGUUACACUCUUCUGCACUCUGUGUAUGCUACCGGCCCCGCCUCCACCCACGAGACAAAGACACUGUAUGGUUGACAAAAGAGCUCACUCCAUUCAUGCCGUUGUUCUAUGGAACAAACUGGCCUAGGUGCUGAAACCAGUGUACAGGGUAAAGAAGGAAAAGAGACACACGUGCACAUGACAAUGCAUUGAGGCUAGCAGAAUUAUGGAAUUCAUUUUCAUUUAUUGUGCGAUGAAUUUAUUUAUUAUCGUCCCAGGCCUAGUGCCCACGAGACACUUUUUAAGAGAAAUCUUGCCACGUUUUAAUCUCGCGAGAUCUUUUGACACCCCUAGUAAUAACGUCAUGUUUUGUGUACAAGUCAUCAUGUGAGUAAAUUUACCAGGAGUAACUAUUAUGCUGAUUUGAAUGUAAAAAGAAAAAUAUAAAGCCAAUGCAUUCAUAAAAUCAUUUGCUUUACUCUGCUGUAUGCGGGCUAGAAGCUGAGGAGAAAAUGAAAUGGACAUGUACAACAUUCUAUACAGCGCUAACUGUAAAAAGAGUUAUUGUUAGACCCCUGAAGUUCAAUUUUCAGUUAAAGUGAGUUUUUAUUUGAUGAAUGGGUGGGGAUCUUUUAGCUGGAAAGUGAUGUUGCAAAUAUUCAUACUAAAUAAAGGCAGUUCAGUUGUUAUAACUGUUAUUUGAGAAUGCUCUAGAUCAGCGUUUUUCAAAGUGUGAUCUGGCCCUCCCCUGGGAGUUAGAGGAGGCGCAGCAGCUUGAGUAAAAUAAAGAACGACAUAUAUAAAAACUGCUAACCUAACCACAAGUAUCUUUCAAGGCAAGAUGAAUUGAUUUUUAGUUUCUAUAGUGAGAAAGUAAACGCAGUCUGGAGUGAGCAGGACAACUCCACAAAAUACGCUCACGAAAAUCAGUCUUUCGGCGAGUUCAGGAAGCCUCAACGGUAUUCUCUGAGGGGGAGGCUGGCUCCUUUAGAAUGGUGCAAAGGAUGUCCUCAAGUGUCUUUUCACACUUUGUUGUAUAAUUUCCAACUAAAAGGUAACACAUGAACAAAUUCACUUUAAUGCAUAACUUGCUUAUGUUGUGUUUUUUUUUUAUUAUAAUCAGCAGUGAAUCAGGUUUUUCUCACUCCUGUAAUAUCAAUGUCUAAUUAGAGUGUCAGUCUGGAACUACAGUAUGACAGAAACAAUUAUUUUUGUAUUCAAUUAUUGCAUUUCUUUAUUUCUUGUAUGGUUUUUGUGCAAGAAGACAUGUAGUUUGAUAUAGUAUCAUCAGUUUAGAUGAUAAAAAGCUGGGAUUUGGGGGCGGGGCGAUGUAAUUGACCUGGGAAUUUCGUCCUUUUUGAGGUAAUAUUAGAGAUUUAACAGCAAAGGGAUGACGCCUGUGCAAAAUGCCACAUUUGAAAAUAAAUUAGAAAAUAUUUUUUGAACUGUUUUGUUGAAACAGUCAAAGUGGUAUUUGUGAUGUAUACGGCAUACAUGUACGUUUAUCUAGUUGCGCGAUGCCUUGUUGUACACUGUGGGUUGGAUUCUGUAUAAAAAGCAGAGGUGGCCUAUAUAUUAUGGCAUAUUCCGUCACAGCUCUGAUGUGAAAUAUCUAUUUCCAAUAUAUUUUUAGCACAUAAACCAUCAUAUACCGUACCGACCUUAAUAUAAGACGACACUGAAUCUAAGAUGACCCCUUGUUUUCAAGACCUCUUUUAGUGGAAACUAUUCUGUUUUUGGAAAAUAUUUUUUAAAUUAUGUUUUCAAUAUCAGCCAAAUGAUACAUCACCAUAAUUUAGAAUGUAUUUAUAUGUGAGCGCCUUUCAAGGAACCCAAGGACACUGUACAUAGACACAGUUAAAAGCAAAGCGCACUUAGAAUCCAAAAAAUACAUAAAUAAAUGAAAUAAGAUCAAAUAAAAAAAAUGUCAUAAUAAAUUAUAGAGAAUAAGAUGUCCUGAAUAAAUGGGUCUUGAGUGUGGAUUUGAAGAGAGUCUAUGUUGUGGAUGUCCGCUAGGAGAGAGUUCCAAUAUUUGGGAGCAGAGCAGCUGAAAGCUGUGCGACCCAUGGUUCUGAGGCGAGCAGGUGGGACGUGAGGUGGACAGAGAAGGAGGAUCUGAGGGAGUGAGAGGAGGUGGCAAUGUUGAGGAGAUCA